AUGGAUGCAGGGGUGGUGCGAGACGAAGAUCUGCCUGACCUCGUGGCAAUGGUCGAAAGCAGACUGCAUGAAUUGCCUGAACUUGGCCACACGGGAUUGCAACUCGACGGCUACGCGCGAGUCCUAUGCGAUAUUAUCCAGAGCAGUGUCAAGAUAAAAGGUCAGAAAACGGGUCGGUUCAGGCCGACGGCAUGGUGGAACGAUGAAUGCAGGACCGCUGUCGAGGAGUACAGAAGGGCAGUCAAAGGCAUGAUAAGUCAAGAGGAGAAGGUGGCGGCGAAAAGGGAGUUCCGACGGGUGGUCCGUCGGGCGAAGAGGGAACACUGGCAAGCUCUCAUCGAUGGAGCGGACAACCAGAAAGAAAUAUUUAGGAUCGUGUCAUGGCACAAGCUAAGCUUGGGAUUGAGUGCACCGCCGAUCGCAGCAAAUGGAACUACAUACGAGUCCCAGCUGGAGGAAGCAAAAGCGUUAAGGAAAGCAACGCUGGAACGGAACAAUGCCUCUAACGACAUCAACGACCCCUGGUCCGUCAAUGUCCAGCCGAGAACAUCCAUCCGUUUCGACCUGGAAAUUACCUCGGAGGAAGUAGAAGCAUGCACAGUCGGUAGUCGCAGCACCUCACCGGGGGUGGACGGCCUGACGGUCAGGAUCCUCAAGGCAUGCUGGCCGGUGAUUGGAGAACGGGUCAGGAACCUCUUCCAGACGUGCAUCAGCAAUGGCCACCACCCGGCGCCGUUCAAGGUGGCGGAGGUGGUCAUGAUCCCCAAGCCCGGGAAGAAGGACUACUCUGACCCUGGAACGUACCGACCGAUCUCGCUGCUAUCAUGCCUUGGCAAGGGCUUGGAGAGACUACUGGCACGAAGGAUGGCGUGGACCGUGGUCGAACAUGGGAUCCUAGCGUCACAGCACUUUGGAGCACUGCCGAAGUGGUCGGCGACAGAUCUCGUCGCGGCACUGAUCCACGACAUCAAACAGGCCCUCGACCAGGGUCUUGUAGCCACACUUGUCACCGCAGACGUGAAGUGA